AUGCAAAUAUUUGUGAAGACGCUUACGGGCAAGACCAUCACGCUCGACGUGGAGGCGUCCGACACCAUCGACAAUGUGAAAGCUAAGAUUCAGGACAAGGAAGGCAUCCCUCCCGACCAGCAGCGUCUGAUCUUCGCGGGGAAGCAGCUGGAGGAUGGUCGCACGCUGUCAGACUACAACAUCCAGAAGGAGUCUACACUCCACUUGGUGCUUCGUCUACGUGGUGGCCACUGUCAGGUUCCGUGUGGGAUUUUUGAUGAUCCCAAGUUGGUAGCCGACGUGAAAGAGGCCGUUGCGACAAUUAAGAAGGCGAUGGUUCAGAUUGGGGAGCUUUCCUCAAACAUGACCCCGCUCAACAUCAAUCAGAUCACGCGCUGGGUGAACACCAAGGAAGAGCAUGCUGGUAAGAUCAUCUCUUUGAUAUCCGAGUAUUGUCUGUGCCAGAGGGUCAAGCCUGUGGGCGACCCAAAGACGCCCUUCUCCAGCGAGGCUGAUUUCAUUGCUGCGCUGCAGUCCCAUCACAAGGUCAUGCUGGCAGCAGUCAAGUGCAAGCAGAAUGUCGACCCAGCCGUGGCUGAUGCCCUAGAUGCAGCAGUGGUGGAGAUGAGCAAGAUGUACAUUAAGAGCGGCGGUGGGUACGGCGCAAAUUGA